CUGACCGCGGAAAGACGCUAGCGCAGAUAAGAAAAAAUAAAAUCCACGCCAGAGCCAGAGCGGACUAACGCUGAGAAAAAAAAUCUAAAGAAACCAAAAGGGUAAAGGCAAACGGAAGACUGCUUGCGUGCCUAAGCGCAUGCAAGUGCGGACUCAAAACACUUUCCAACGCCACGGGGCAUCCUCUUGGGACGUCCGGCAGCGAAAGGAUCGACGUGGCGAUCGCCGGCUGGCCUUGCCUAGCGUCGAUAGCGACGACAGCGGCCACCAGAAAGCGACGCCGGGGCACCUUAACGGGUAUACGUGGGAAAAGAAGACGGAGAGGCCGCCAGCACGGCUCGUGCACCAAUAGACACCCCAGCAAUGCUAGCGUAACCCAGAAGAAGACCACUGCAGAGCCGAACGUCCGGAAGAGACCGUUGUCGAUCGGGUGCAAGUGCAAGAGGUCCGGACAGGCAGCAACCCCGACACCGUUCUCGUUUACAUUUUGCCGCCCGCGUCGCAAGGUCAGUCCGGAGACGAGGUACCGGCGAACGUUCCUUUUUAUUCGGCGAACGGGCGCCAGAGGAGUUCCGCCUCUCCCGUGAAGCGAGCGAAGGUUCCGUUUUUUUUUCUCCAAUAAUAUUUGUGGAAGUGGUCGAACGGCUUUUGUGAUCCGGCAUCGGAGCUAUAUCGCGUGUCGUCGACGCUAAGACCUGCCUAUGAUCUGCAGUUGCAGGGGCGUUUCUCUUUUCUGAUACCAGCUUUUUCGCCGAAUCCGGCGCAAGUGUUGCCACAGGCUUCUCUCGGGAGACAAGGACGGACAAAGAAAAAAGAGAGAAUGAGUAUCUGACAAACGACGUGCCAGGCAGAACGUUUGCCGAGGAGCUAAAGGGACGACGUGUUUAUUCUGCCGAGAAGGAUUUGUCACUGUCCAGACGUCCUAGUAUCCGUCGUGUGCUCGCUGGAACUUCGUUUCUUCGAAGAAAGUGAACCUACCACAUGUGCAAGUUGCAGUCUACUGAAGAGCAGGUAGUGGAGGCGUCGAGUUAGCUAAGCGUCGAACUUACCUCACCGGGCCACAGCGGAGGUGUGACAGUGAAGCGUCUACAAGAGUUUGUGUGACGACAAUUUUUGAACGUCUGCCAUCGAGAGGACCUUCAAGCUUACGCAUAUUGCUCAAGCACGGGAUAAACCACCACCUCUUCCGACCAUCGGCGCCACUCAUACAGGUGCAUCGCGGACCUCGGAAGACGUCAGAAGAACGUCCAUGUUAAAAGGAAAGGAACAGCUAUUCAAGCAUCAUACAGCUGCUGAGGUUGCAAGAUUUGACUUUCGACCUUUCCUCAGUGACUUAGCAUCUCGCCCAUGUGUUGUUCAGUCAGAAAACUCUGCAUCUCAGUUGAAACGAAACGCCUAAAUAACUCUUGACCGGACAAGGGCAUGAGCUAAGGUUUGUUUGCCAUAGAAUCAACUGCAUAAUAAGUCCCAUCAGUAGUGAAACUCUUCACGUACCGUUCGACGUCAGGUACUUGGCCAACUCGAACAGGACAAAGAUCCAGCGCCGAAAUCCAAGGACUCGGGAACCGUGCCACACAUUCACUGCAGACGCCAAAAUAAACCCUCGGAGAAAGUGCGUGUUACGGCCAAGCAACCGUGAAAAAAUCUCGGCAGUAAAACACACGCAAGCCAAGGACCAAUCGAAGGAGCUAUGGGGGCCAAGACGCGAAGCCGACAUCGUGUUGCGGGUGUUGCGAUGGCCAUCGCAGUUUUAGUGGCGCUGCCGCUGUGCAGUGCAGGACAGUACCAGCGGGACUUUUACUCCUCGGUCUCCAACCUCCUGGAUCUGGUCAACCACGAGAGAGAAGUCCGGCUCAUGCUUCUGGCCUACGCGGGACGCCUCGUUACGCUGCACUCUAACAUCCUCAACUUUGUGACGACGAGGCAGCCUUACCAUGAUCUGGAAACUGAUUCCGAGGUCUAUGACUACAUGAAACACCCUGUCCAUGCCUUCCACCUGAUGAAGAGGAUGAUAGUUGAUCUUGCCUCCAUCGAAUCGCAGAUACACGAGCUGCACGCAUCAGACCCUCUGCCCAACAUAACCGCGAUGCGGGCCAACAGACUGCUGCCGUGGGAAGAGGACUUCAACGGCAUCGCCGUCUCGCUCACGCGCCUCCAAGACACCUACCUUCUGGACAUGGCCAACCUCGUCAACGGUCACCUGACCAUUACGUCAGGAACACGGAACCGCACAGUGCCCGGCCGCAUUCCGCUCACCGCUCGAGACUGCUUCUUCAUGGGCCAAGUGGCAGUGCACAACGGUUACUACGACCGCUCCGUGGAGUGGGUGGAGAGAGCCAUAGACAAGGUGGCAAAUGAGAAGCCGCCGUCCAUCCCAACAGAGGAUCUCACGAAGUACCUCGAUUUACUCAUCAAAAAGCACGACGACGUACUGGACUCCAUGGGAAAAGCCGGACAGCACUGGCAGACUUACGGAGUGCCCGUGAGUGAGCGGUACAAGAAGCCGCUGCAGUUCCAGACCAAGCUGUUUGAGGAGAAGCUCACCAGCGCACAGGAGACACAGAACUACAAGCGCCUCUGCCGCGGAGAGCAGCUCAGGACGCCAAAGAUGGACAGACAGCUUCGAUGCCGGUACUUCUACGGCAAAGAUGGCUUCUUGCGGCUUCAGCCCGUGAAGAUCGAGGAGGCCAACCUGAAUCCGUACAUCAUCACCUUCCAUGAUAUCAUCGGCGACCGUGACAUAAACGAUCUGAUCGCGUUUGCCACGCCUCGGCUUUUCCGGUCCACUCACUACGGGGCGCAAGGUAUGGAGACAUCCCUGAUCCGGACCAGUUCAAAUGCUUGGCUCGGUGACGAGGAUGCACCGGUGGCAACGAGGUUAAAUCGAUUCGUCGAGUCUUUGCUUGGACUGGGAACGCAUUACUUCAAAGGAGAAGCGGAGUACUACCAGCUGGCCAACUAUGGCGUGGGAGGCCAGUACAUCGCGCAUCACGACUUCCUCGCCGAUAUCCUCGCCGACCCAAACCGAAAGAUUGACGAAUUCGAGCGUACUGCAGGUGAUCGAGUGGCCACGCUGAUGUUUUACUUAAGUGACGUCGAAGAAGGAGGGGCGACCGUGUUCCCACAUCUCGGCGUGCGAUUAACGCCCGAAAAAGGUGAGACUAUUCCAAAGGACUCAGCCUUCUGGUGGAACCUGAACGCGGAUGGCGAGGGGGAGCAGCUGACAAAACACGGAGGUUGUCCCGUCCUGUAUGGUUCUAAGUGGAUUGCAAACAAGUGGUUCCACUCCAACAGCAACAUGUUCCGGCUCCCCUGUCCACGGAAUCGCAGCCAACCUCUGGCUCCGCUCGUCUGACCUUGACCCCGAGAGGUGUCGUCGCGGUUCGCGGCACUCUCGUGUGCGCCUUCGCCUUAAGUCAUGCCAAUGAAUAUGUGUCAUUGUCCGUCUAUUUAAAUACUCAUGACAAUAAACUCUAUGAUG